CGGGGUUCAGGUUCGCCGGAACCCAGCGUUCUCGACUUCUGCUUCCGGGUCAGAGCCAUGGCGGUGGCAAAUUCAAGCCCCGUCAACCCCGUGGUGUUCUUUGAUGUCAGCAUUGGCGGCCAGGAAGUUGGCCGCAUGAAGAUCGAGCUUUUUGCAGACGUUGUGCCUAAGACGGCAGAGAACUUUAGGCAGUUCUGCACUGGAGAAUUCAGAAAAGAUGGAGUUCCAAUAGGCUACAAAGGGAGCACCUUUCACAGAGUCAUAAAGGAUUUCAUGAUUCAGGGUGGAGAUUUUGUUAAUGGAGAUGGUACUGGAGUUGCCAGUAUUUACCGGGGACCAUUUGCAGAUGAAAAUUUUAAACUCAGGCACUCGGCUCCAGGCCUGCUUUCCAUGGCAAACAGUGGUCCCAGUACGAACGGCUGUCAGUUCUUCAUCACCUGCUCUAAGUGUGACUGGCUGGAUGGGAAACACGUGGUGUUCGGAAAAAUUAUUGACGGACUUUUGGUGAUGAGAAAGAUUGAGAAUGUUCCCACAGGCCCCAACAAUAAGCCCAAGCUACCUGUGGUGAUCUCACAGUGUGGGGAGAUGUAGCCCAGACCAAGACUGGGUCAGCUGCCACAGUGCACGUGUACUUGCCAGAGGGAGAAAGCACCCCCCAAUGGGAUAUGGUCAUGCCACAUCCCUUCUCCAUUUCUCCAUGCUGUCAAGAUUCUGAGAACACAUACAGGGGCCCUGGGUGUUUUUCAGGCCACCGAGGCUGGGGUUCAAACUGCAUGGUCAGCCAUGUGGGUCUGGCUCCCUGAACCACCGUAUCACGGGACCAACCUCUUCUUAGUUCCUGUGUAAUUUUUACACCUUUCUGCUUUGCUCUGAGAAACUAAAGGUCUGACCUAUGGUUAGGAUCAGACUUGUUCUAAUCCUUUGGGAAAAGGGGACCAGGAUUGCAGGGGUUCAGUUGGUCACUGUCUCUCAUGAACUGUCCGCUUGCAUUCUCUGAGCUGCUAAUCUCCCCAUCGCUCACUGAUCUCCACAUCUCUGCCC